AUGGAAGAUGAUCACAAACCGGUUGUCCAACCUCAACGACGACUAAAUCCAGCAAUGAAGGAAGUGGUUAGAAAGGAGGUGGUAAAACUGUUGGACGCAGGAAUGAUCUAUCCAAUAUCUGAAAGUUCAUGGGUAAGUCCAGUGCAUGUGGUGCCUAAGAAAGGUGGGACUACGGUAAUCAAGAAUGAAAAGAAUGAGUUGAUUCCCACAAGAACAGUUACAGGGUGGAGAGUCUGUAUAGAUUACCGAAGAUUGAAUCUAGCAACUAGAAAAGAUCACUUCCCGUUACCUUUCAUCGAUCAGAUGCUGGAAAGGUUAGCGGGUCAUGACUAUUAUUGCUUCCUAGAUGGAUACUCAGGGUAUAAUCAGAUAGCUGCUGCACCAGAAGACCAAGAGAAGACCGCAUUUACAUGCCCUUUUGGUAUUUUCGCCUACAGAAGAAUGCCAUUUGGAUUAUGUAAUGCCCCAGCCACAUUUCAGAGAUGCAUGCAAUCUAUCUUUGCAGAUAUGCUUGAGAAACAUAUGGAAGUAUUCAUGGAUGAUUUCUCGGUUUUUGGUAAGUCUUUUGAUAAUUGUUUGACUAACCUUGUUCUUGUUCUUGAAAGAUGCCAACAGACCAACUUAAUCCUCAACUGGGAGAAGUGUCAUUUCAUGGUACGUGAAGGUAUAGUGUUGGGUCACAAAAUUUCUCACAAAGGAAUAGAAGUUGACAAAGCGAAGAUAGAGGUAAUAGCAAAACUACCUCCUCCCAUGAACGAAAAAGGUAUUCGAAGUUUCUUAGGACAUGCGGGUUUUUACCGUAGGUUCAUAAGAGAUUUCUCAAAAAUUGCAAAACCAUUAACUACACUGUUGGUUAAAGACAAAGCCUUCGUUUUCGAUAAAGAGUGUGCCAUAGCAUUUGAUACUAUAAAGCAAAAAUUAGUGUCGGCACCAAUUGAUUCUAAACCAAGGUUGCUAAGAUGGAUCUUGCUCCUUCAGGAGUUUGAUGUGGAGAUCCGUGACAAGAAAGGGUCUGAAAACACUGUAGCCGACCACUUGUCUCGCAUGUCACCUAUUGAAGAAACUGAAGAUACGCGCCCAAUAAAGGACGAGUUCGUUGAUGAACAUAUCCUCACUGUUGUUGGUGUGCCUUGGUUGUACUUGUGGGAUGAUCCAUUUUUAUACAAGAAGGGUCUCGAUGGAUUAAUAAGAAGAUGUGUACCCGAGGAGGAACAACGGGACGUGGUUAAAGCAUGCCACGACUCCGAAUAUGGAGGACAUUUCAGCGGUGAUAGAACAGCGGCAAAAGUCUUACAAUCUGGUUUAUUUUGGCCCACGUUAUUCAAAGACGCCCAAAGUAUUGUGAAAGAAUGCGACAGGUGUCAGAGAACGGGGAAUAUUUCAAAAAGGAAUCAGAUGCCUCAGAAGGGUAUACUGGAGGUGGAAUUGUUUGAUGUGUGGGGGAUUGAUUUCAUGGGACCUUUCCCACCAUCCUUUGGGAAGAACUACAUUCUUGUAGCUGUGGUUUACGUUUCUAAGUGGGUAGAAGCAGUAGCUUUACCUACAAAUGACGCUAAGGUGGUAGUGAACUUCCUAAAGAACAAUAUUUUCUCAAGAUUUGGGGUUCCCAGAGCACUCAUAAGCGAUGAAGGCACCCAUUUCUUGAACAAGUUAAUGGAGAAUUUGCUGAAGAAGUACAAUGUUAAGCACAAGAUUGCAACUGCUUAUCAUCCUCAGACCAGUGGUCAAGUAGAGGUUUCGAACAGACAAAUCAAGCAGAUUCUCGAAAAGACUGUCAAUGCUUCGAGAAAGGAUUGGUCUCUUAAGCUUGAAGAUGCACUAUGGGCAUACAGAACAGCAUUCAAAACGCCAAUAGGUAUGUCCCCGUAUCAGUUGGUUUAUGGUAAAGCAUGCCAUCUACCACUCGAACUUGAGCACAAGGCGUUUUGGGCCACCAAAUUCCUUAAUUAUGAUAUUGUGAAAGCUGGAGAGUCCCGAAUUCUUCAACUCCAUGAAUUAGAAGAAUUUCGGAAUCAAUCCUAUGAGAAUGCCAAAAUUUAUAAAGAAACAACAAAGAAAUGGCAUGAUCAAAAGAUUCAGAAGAAAGAAUUUUGGAAAGGGCAACUAGUGCUGUUGUUCAACUCCAGAUUAAAAUUAUUUCCUGGGAAGUUAAAGUCAAGAUGGUCGGGACCUUUUGUAGUGCACAAAGUAUUCCCUACAGGAGCUAUUGAGCUCAGGAACAAUAACAAUGGAGACACCUUCAAAGUGAAUGGCCAAAGGUUGAAACCAUACAAUCCUGGACAAGGAGCUAUCACUCUCGAACACGUACCCAUUAUGCCCCCAAAGAAAGCUGACAGAGGAAAGGCCGUUGUUGUCGAAUCCUCAAGGCUCAAACAAAGAGUUCGCCGAACACCGAAUGCUCACAACAUCAUUUUUGAAAAGGAUGAGCAUGUCCAAAGGUACAAGACUCUCUUGACUAGGAAGCUUGUCCCCACUAGGUAUGUGUGUGAUACCACUAUGAAUACAUUAGGAAUCCUAGAUGAUGUGACACAAAUGUUUAAUAAUUUAGGGAUCCUUGAAUUCAUGCACAAUGAUGCACCCACAUACGAGCGCAUUACUUUAGAAUUCCUAAGCUCUGUGGAAUUUAAUUUGGAAAAAAACUGGACUGGGCACUCUUUUGAAUAUUUUGGUACUCUAACCUUUCGGCUUUAUAAUGAGGAUCACUCUAUGUCUGUAAUUCAACUCGGGCAAUGCCUCCGGUUACCUUUAGUGGGACACGGGGCAGUGCCAAAUGAGUUUUCUGCUUCUGCUUUUUGGUCAUCUAUUACAGGUUUACCACAAUAUGAAGCCCGAACCGCAAAGGCCUCUUGGAUCUAG